CAAAAAUUAUGAUCAAAAUUCGCAUAUCUCCUCAACCAACACGUCUGAAGGUACUGCAAGGUUUCAUCUGAAGAUCGAGAAAGUUGUAAACAUGCCGAAGAAGAUGGGCGUGAACAGUAAGGCCGAGGCAUCUAGGGCUCGGAAGACCGCGGUCGAAUCUGAACGGAAGGAUCGUGAGGAACGGGAGAAGGAAGAUCAGUAUUGGCGCGAAGCCGAGGGGUCAAAGUCUCGCGCCGCUAAGAAACGUGAGGAAGAAGCGGAGAAACGAGCGGAGGCUGCUGCUAAGAAGGCCGAGGCGCGCCGUCUCGCUGAAUUGGAGGAGCAGGAAUUGGCCAAGUCACUGAAGAAGCCGGACAAGAAAGUUGAUAGAGUAUCUGUGCCGGUACCGAAGGUGACCGAAGCUGAACUCCGGAGACGAAGGGAAGAGGAGCAGGCGGCGAUUCAACGUAGGGCCGAGGAGGAGAAGCGAAGGCAGGGCCGUGUUGCGGAGGAGGAGGAGUAUGAACGGAUGGUCCUCGUUACGAAUACAAAUCGUGAUGAUUCCAUCAUUGAAGCUAGGUCAGUGGAUGAAGCGCUUGCUCGCAUGACUGUCGCUGAAAAUUUGCCUGUUGAUAAACAUCCAGAGAAGAGACUUAAGGCUUCUUUCAAGGUAUAGCCGUAUAGGUCAUUAGAUUACUUAGUUAAUUGAUAAUUAAGAAAAUUUAAGAAAUUUUAGUUCUUUUCUUUUUUAUCAUUGGAAUUAUAUUUCGUUGAAGCCAUAAACGAAGUCCUGGAUAUUGUAUACGGAGUACUGAAUUCUUCGAUAAUCCAAAUUAUAUCCUUUGAAGGCAUAAACAAAUUUCCUGUAUAUUGAAUAUAUGAUCUCUUCAAUUUAUGUUUAACCAAGCGUCAAAGGGGAUGCUUUCACCUAAAAGCUGAUCUACUUACAGUGAAAUAUGCUUUCUUCAUACAUUCCUAAUAGACUAAUAGUUGGACCCUUAAUGAUUGUAGGCCUUUGAGGAAUAUGAGCUUCCUAGACUGAAAGAAGAGAAACCUGGGCUUACUCACACACAAUACAAAGACAUGCUUUGGAAGCUUUGGAAGAAAUCUCCAGAUAAUCCUCUUAACCAGAUUGCAGAUAAAUAAUUAGGGCAUCCAUCCCUUUCAUCGGAGGUUUGAAUGCAUGCCUGUUGGUGUUUUCGACUGUUAACAUGCAACCAGUGAAUUAUUGUGAAGUGUUAUCAUUAUUAGUUUUUGUACUUCACAACAAGCCAGGCCAACCCUGUAUAACAGUUUAGCUCCAUGAAUCGUGAAGAGUACUAUUCUUAUAUGAAUUGCUGGUAAUUUUCUUCGACCCCUAGUGAAGUAGAGAGCCUACAUCGUGCCUGCCUUUGUUUUUUUUUUUUUUUUGUUUUCGAACUAUUCAAAAUUUGUAAGCUCUACUUGAACAAUAUGUGAUGGAGAACAAUUCCACUAGAAGUAAAAGAUACUACCACCUACCUACAUGACCUCGA